AUGGUCCGCAUCUUGCUGUGUGGGGAUGUGCGCGGCGAUGUGCCGAAACUCUGCAAGGCGCUGGAAGCCUUGCAGCAGAAGCUGCCGGAGGACCAGCGCUUCGCAGCAGUCUUCUGCGUCGGAGAGUUCAGCUCGGAGGAGAUGGAUCUGGAGACGACCCCCUGCGUGCCGGUGCACUUCAUCGACUGCGGGCCUGCCUGCCAGGAUCUCAUCGACGAGUCGCCGCAAGGAGAUGAGGUCGCCCCUUCGGUGCACUUCCUGGGGCACUACGGGGUCACCACCGUGGCCGGGCUCAAGGUGGCGUACCUCUCUGGGCGCCUCAACGCUGAGCUCUUCGACGAGCCGGAGGAGGACUUUGAAGCGCCCGAAGGCUGGAGAGACGUCUUCGAUCGGAGUGUCACUGAGGAGGUCAAGUCGAAGUAUGCAGCUCAGGAGGCCGACCCGGAGCUGCUGGUCGCGGCGCCCUCUGCUUCAGAGGUCUCCAGGAGUUCCUUUCCCGCGAGCGGCCCGUCCUGGGAGGAGAUCAAGGCCAAAGAGAAGAAGAAGGAGGAGAUGCGUUCGCAGCUGUUCAUCGACGGCUGCUACACGCCCAUGACCAUCGAGCGGCUCUGUGAGGAGAUCAACGACUCACAAGGCAUCGAUCUGCUCUUGACCUCGGAGUGGCCUAAGGGCAUCAUGACCACACUCAAGGAGGCCUGGCCCGAAGAGGCGGAGACGCGGAAGCUGGCGAAGAGACGCGCGGCGCGGCAGUGCUCCUCCGCCGCGGUGGCGGAGCUGGCGGUGGCAGCGGAGGCCAAGUACCACGCCGUGGGCCUUGGCGGGGUGUUCUGGCGCCGCGCCCCUUGGCGCCACGAGCGACGUGGCGAGGUGGAAGCCGCCACGGGCUUGCUGAAGUGCGGGGUCUGCCGGAUGAUCACGCUGGGUGCGGUGGACGGGAGCCGCCCGGGCGUCAAAGCUACGCCCGAGGGGGAGAAGUACAGCCCGGAAGCCGCAAGUCGGUUUCAGGAGGAGGCGGCGGCGAAGAAGCCGCAGAAGUGGAUCCAUGGCUUGGAACUGGACCCCAAGGCCAUGCCGGGCACGGCGGAGGACGCCACGCCGAACCCCUGGGCCAAGAAGCCGGAGACGGCCCAGGCAGAGGACCUGCCACCGGAACGUCCAGAUUUCUCGGGCAUGGAUAGGGAAGAGCGCCGACGCUGGAUGAAGCGUUUCGGCAUCAAGCCCCAUGAGAUGCUCUCAGCUUCCGACAAGCUGCAGAAGGACAACGCGCCUAAGGAGAAGAAGGAGAAACGCCAGUCCUUGUACCAUGUCAGCGAGAAGGAGAAGAAGCGGAGGAAGACCGGGGGGGACGGGCACCUGCCCUUCCACGCGCGGGAGCGGAUGCAGGCGGGCCGCGGCUGA